AGAAGGGAGGUCGGAGGCUGCUGCUGUUGCUGCUGCGGCGCUCCGCUCCUGCUCACCCGCUCCCGCUCCCGCUCUGCCGACCUCGGAGCUCCAGCUUGCUCCUCCCUGGCGCCCAGCGCCCCGCUGGCCCCCGGGGCCUUGCUCCCCGCCCCCCGCGGUAUGUCGUGAUCCCGAGCAGCGGCGGCGGCGGCGGGUUUCAUGGGGCUCCUCAGGAUUAUGAUGCCGCCCAAGUUGCAGCUGCUGGCGGUGGUGGCCUUCGCUGUGGCGAUGCUCUUUCUGGAGAACCAGAUCCAGAAGCUGGAGGAGUCCCGCUCCAAGCUAGAAAGGGCUAUUGCAAGGCAUGAAGUGCGUGAAAUUGAACAGCGGCAUACGAUGGAUGGUCCUCGGCCAGAUGCAGCUUUGGAUGAAGAGGAAGACAUGGUGAUCAUUUAUAACAGAGUCCCCAAAACGGCAAGCACUUCAUUCACCAACAUCGCCUAUGACCUGUGUGCGAAGAACAAAUACCAUGUCCUCCACAUCAACACCACCAAGAAUAAUCCGGUGAUGUCCCUGCAAGAUCAGGUGCGCUUUGUAAAGAACAUAACCUCCUGGAAAGAAAUGAAACCAGGAUUUUAUCAUGGACAUGUAUCUUACUUGGAUUUUGCAAAAUUUGGUGUUAAAAAGAAACCAAUUUACAUUAACGUCAUAAGAGAUCCCAUAGAAAGGCUAGUUUCUUACUAUUACUUUCUACGAUUUGGAGAUGAUUAUAGACCAGGGUUACGGAGAAGAAAACAAGGAGACAAAAAGACUUUCGAUGAAUGCGUGGCUGAGGGAGGCUCAGACUGUGCCCCGGAGAAACUCUGGCUUCAAAUCCCGUUCUUCUGCGGCCACAGCUCGGAAUGCUGGAAUGUGGGAAGCAGAUGGGCCAUGGAUCAAGCCAAAUACAACCUGAUCAAUGAAUACUUUCUGGUGGGCGUCACUGAGGAGCUGGAAGACUUCAUCAUGCUCCUGGAGGCCGCCCUGCCCCGCUUCUUCCGGGGGGCCACCGAGCUCUACCGCACAGGAAAGAAAUCUCAUCUUAGAAAAACCACAGAGAAAAAGCUUCCCACCAAACAAACCAUCGCCAAGUUGCAACAGUCCGACAUCUGGAAAAUGGAGAAUGAGUUCUAUGAAUUUGCACUGGAACAGUUCCAGUUCAUCCGAGCCCAUGCUGUUCGGGAAAAAGAUGGGGACUUGUAUAUCCUUUCGCAGAACUUUUUCUAUGAAAAGAUUUACCCCAAAUCGAACUAA